AGAGGAAGCCUAAGCCGACGAGGAAGAUGAGAGAGACGGUGAAGUUAAUAAGCAUGGAGGGUUUCGAAUUCAUCAUCGACAGGGAAGCCGCCAUGGUCUCUCAGACUAUCCGUAGCAUGCUCACUUCUCCAGGUGGCUUUUCGGAGUCGAAAGAUGGUGUCGUGACUUUCCCUGAUAUCAGCACCACCAUUCUAGAGAAGAUCUGCCAGUACUUCUAUUGGUCUCUACAGUACUCCAGAGGCAAAGAGACGGAGUUCCACAUCGAGCCUGAACUGACUCUGGAGCUAAUGAUGGCUGCUAAUUACCUUCACACUUGAAGCCUUACAAUGAUAACGCUACUGGAUCUUAAUUGGAGUAGUAUAGCUUUGUUUCAGGUCUGGACGUAAACAUGUAAAUCCCUGGAGCACUUAUGUGGGGACUUCAACAUUUGACAAAACAAAAAUGCUUUGAGUUUCUUGCUGAACUAUUGAAUAGCUACAAGGGAGUCUACUUUGUUUACUUGUUUAUGACUAUUUACUGCUGCAUCAAAGUUGUUGUGGCGUUAUUCAUUGCUUAUGUUCAAACAUUAUGUCCUAAUAACGAUUGGUUUUGGUGCGGAA